GGCGUGCGCACGGUAGAUGGGGUCUCCGUGGACCGGAAAUACGAUCUGAACGAAGGCGCAGUCACGCAAAACGGAUAUCGCGGGUACUACAACACUAUACCAUACUUUGUAUCCCUCCACUUCGCAGAUUAUCAAAUUACAGUAAGAUAAUUGAUAGCGGGGUCGAGUACUGUGAUCGCGUGAAUCUAGAAUGGCGGCUAGAAUGUAGUAACAAGGCACGACUCGUCUCAGGUAUUUUCGAAAAGCGUCCAAUCCUGCUUUGGUGACGGACUUUACGGGUAAAUUGCUUGGGCAAAACGAUGUCCGUCUUGCGUCUGAGCGAGGCCUCAGCGAUGCUGCGGACCCAGAGGAAAAUGACAUUCGAUUCGCCCUUGAGAAUCCGCGACGCGCGUCUCGCAUCCGAGCAUUGACCCUCGACGCAGAUGAAGAGGAAACGCUGGC